AACUGUAAUUUGUAUUCUGUCCUAGGCCCCGCCUUCCUCGAUGAUGUCAGCAGGCGGAGGACUGCUCGGCAGUACUAAUGGGCUGAGUUGAUCUAACACAACUGAGACGGCUUGAGCUUUUACACACAGAAGGGGACAGCGUAACACUUCAUUCAGCAACUUCUGAGUGCUGCUGCAGCACUGUGCUGUAACCGGGAUCGUAUUUACUAACUAUUGUUAGUGUUCAUUAAAGAAAGCAAUGCUGAAAUACCCACUGCAGAAAACAGCACAUUAAAAGAAAUUAAAAUAAAUAAAUAAAUAAAUAAAUAAAAAGGUUUGACUGACUGCACUACUGCGUGCAUCUAAAUUGUGGAUCUGCUAAAAAAAAAAAAAAAAUGAACCCGUUAUAAAGAAAACUUUGUGAGACCAAAAAAGGACAACAAGAACAUAUUUUUAAUAACUUGGACUAAAAAGGAAAAUUCUCACUUGAAGCCCUGACCUAACUCAUACAGCGAAGCGCCUUGGAACACCAGUCAUUUUGUACUUGGAAUCGCACUGCAGCUUGCACGGGCUAACACAGAAUUAAAAGGAAUUACUGUAUUCUGUUUCUUAACGUGCAUUUUCUUCAGAAUAAUUUGAACCUUGGACUUCUUAAGAAAUGGACUGUUGACAGUAGUUGGAUUUCAUUGUAUGUUUUUUUUUUUUUUUUUUUUUUUUUUUUUGAGAGUGGAACACCAUAAAUAUCCUACUUCUGUCUAGCAUGGAACAACAUCUCUAUGCACUGAUGUCAUUACGUGUUGGGGUUUGCAAGUAAAUUGGCACAUUUAGCCCAGAGGAAUUUGAGUUCUCCAGACUUUGGCAGCCUUAAGGGGAAGGCACUUGUCCGUGUGUGAAUAUGAACUUGGUAUCCAAAGCAUUCCUAAAUGUGGCUUUCUUAGCCUGCUUCAUCUUCCAGUCUGGAGCUCAGGAGAAAGACUACACAGUGCGAGAAGAGCUACCAGAAAAUGUCCUGAUCGGGAACCUGCGAAAGGACCUGGACUUGGCCUUGGAUCCGAAUAUCAAGUUAUCUUCCCCUCUCCAGUUCAAGCUGGUGUACAAGACUGGGGACUUGGCCUUGGUGCGGGUGGAGGAGAACACAGGGGAGAUUUUCACCACCUCCAACCGCAUCGACCGGGAGAAGAUCUGCUCAGGGAUCCACAGCGAAAGCCGCUGCUUCUAUGAGGUAGAGGUGGCUGUGCUGCCAGACGAGGUCUUCAGACUGGUUAAGAUCCGCUUCCUUAUCGAGGACAUCAAUGACAAUGCUCCACUCUUCCAGUCCACUGUUAUCAACAUCUCCAUCCCAGAAAACACAGCCAUCAACUCACGCUACCCUGUCCCCUCUGCCCUGGACCUUGACGUGGGUAGUAAUGGAAUACAGCACUAUGAGCUUGUGAAGAGUGUAAGUGAAUUUGGACUGGACAUCAUUGAGACCCCAGAGGGAGACAAAUGGCCACAGCUGAUUGUCCAGCAGAACCUUGAUCGAGAGCAGAAGGACACAUUUGUCAUGAAGAUCAAGGUGGAAGAUGGAGGGUCACCACCAAAGUCCAGCACUGCCAUCCUUCAAGUGACCAUCGCAGAUGUCAAUGACAACCGCCCUGUGUUCAAGGAAAGUGAAAUUGAGUUGAGCAUCCCAGAAAAUGCCCCAGUUGGUACUUCAGUCACGCAACUUCAUGCUACGGAUGCUGACCUGGGCUUGAACGCACAGAUCCACUUUUCCUUUAGCAACCAAAUUUCUAAUGCUGCCAAAAGGCUCUUCAAUAUUGACAGUACCACUGGAUUGAUCACUAUUAAAGAACCACUAGACAGGGAGGCGUCUCCAGUUCAUAAAUUGAUGGUAUUGGCUAGUGAUGGAAGCUCUACCCCUUCUAGAGCUAUAGUGACAGUCAACAUUACGGAUAUCAAUGACAAUGUCCCCUCCAUAGACACAAGGUAUAUCAUCAACCCCAUCAAUGGGACAGUCCUUUUAUCAGAAAAAGCUCCUCUCAACACCAAAAUUGCUCUGAUUACAGUGACGGACAAGGAUGCUGACUUGAAUGGGAAAGUCACUUGCUACACCGACCAUGAGGUUCCCUUUCGAUUGAAACCUGUCUUUGACAAUCAGUUCUUGCUGGAGACUGCGGCUCCUCUGGAUUAUGAGACAACCAGGGAGUACGCUAUUAAGAUUGUGGCAUCCGAUUCAGGAAAGCCUCCACUCAACACUUCAGCUAUGGUACUGAUAAAGAUCAAAGAUGAGAAUGACAAUGUCCCCACUUUUACUCAACCAGUUAUAGCACUGUCCAUUCCAGAAAAUAAUGCGCCUGGCACUCAGUUGACAAAAAUUAGUGCAACUGAUGCGGAUAGCGGGCGUAAUGCUGAGAUCAGUUAUUCCCUGGGAUAUGAUGCCCCUUCAGUUUUCAAUCUAGACCGCAGGUCAGGAAUCCUGUCAGUGGUGCGCAGAUUGGACAGGGAAAAGCAGGACAAGUACACCUUCACGGUUGUGGCUAAGGAUAAUGGCUCCCCUUCUCUGCAGAGCAACUCCACUGUGAUGGUGAUGGUCCAGGAUCAAAAUGACAACAGUCCGGCUUUCACCCACAAUGAAUACAACUUCUACGUGCCUGAAAACUUACCUUUGUAUGGUACAGUGGGCUUGAUCACAGUAACAGAUGUGGACUCUGGAGAUAAUGCAGUUGUCACCCUUUCCAUAUUGAAUGGCAAAGACAACUUUAUCAUAGAUCCUAAAACUGGAGUUAUUAAGCCCAACAUCACCUUUGACAGAGAACAGCAAAGCUCUUACACCUUUGUGGUAAAGGCUGUAGAUGCAGGUCGGCCUCAGCGUUCCUCGCUUGCCAAGGUUACCAUCAAUGUUGUGGAUAUAAAUGACAACCGUCCUGUGUUUGUUAUCCCAUCCUCCAACCAUUCUUAUGAUUUAGUCAAGUCAACCACCAGUCCAGGCUCCGUGGUGACAAGAGUGUUUGCUAUAGACAAUGACACUGGCAUGAAUGCAGAACUUCACUACAGCAUCAUUGGUGGUGCCGCUAGGGGGUUGUUUUCCAUUGAUAAAAUUACCGGCAACAUUACAUUGCAAGAAAAGAUUGUAGCUGCAGAUCAGGGCUUACACAGGCUUGUAGUCAAAGUCAAAGACUUGGGACAGCCUGAAUCAUUAUAUGCCAUUGCUCUAGUGCAUUUGUUUGUCAAUGAAACUGUGGCCAAUGUCACAUACAUUCAAGAGCUUGUGCAUAAAAGCAUGGAAACUCCUUUGGAUCGGAACGUAGGUGACAGCAUGGUGACACCCCAGAACAAUGGGUACAUCAUAGUAGUCAUUGCAAUCAUUGCAGGGACCAUGACAGUGAUUCUUGUCAUAUUUGUCACUGCUCUGGUGCGCUGCCGGCAAACACCCAGGCACAAGGUGGUGCAAAAGAGCAAACAGAGUGGCGAGUGGGUGUCCCCCAACCAGGAGAACCGGCAAACCAAGAAGAAAAAGAAGAAGAAGAAGAGGUCUCCCAAGAGCCUUCUUUUGAACUUUGUCACCAUAGAGGAAUCUAAGCCAGAUGACCCGGCCCAUGAGCACAUUAAUGGAACCUUGGACCUCCCAGUGGAAUUGGAAGAGCAGACUAUGGGAAAGUAUAACUGGGCCACCACACCCUCAACCUUCAAACCGGACAGUCCAGAUUUGGCUAAGCAUUACAAGUCUGCCUCCCCUCAGCCCACCUUCCAGAUCAAACCUGAGACCCCGGUCCCGCCCAAGAAACAUCAUGUCAUUCAGGAGCUUCCACUGGAUAACACCUUUGUGGUGGGUUGCGACUCACUUUCCAAGUGUUCUUCAAGCAGCUCGGAUCCCUACAGUGUCUCUGAGUGCAGCUGCCAAGGAGGCUUCAAGACCACAGGGCCCAUUCACACACGCCAGUCUCAGCGGCGUGUCACUUUCCACUUGCCGGAUGGCUCUCAGGAGAGUUGCAGUGACAGUGGGCUAGGGGACCAUGAGCCCGCAAGCAGUGCCAGCACCACCCAACCCCUGCCUCUCGGCUUCCCUCAGGAGGAGUACUAUGAGCACACCUCACCCAACAGCCGCACUGAGGGGGACGGCAACUCAGACCCGGAGUCCAGGUCCAAAGUUGAUCAAUUUACACUGCUGCCGAGAGAACUAACAAACACUGAAGCUAUCGAAGUGAACCUGCAGAAAGCACUUGCUGAAGCCUCAGAGACCUGCACACAGGAGUGCCUCAUCCUGGGUCACUCUGACAGCUGCUGGAUGCCGCCCUCCUUGACACAGUUCCAACAAACCACAAGCGCCACGCUGCCUACCUUCGGAUUCCAGCAGAGCUGGGCCCGGGGAACCAAGCCUGAUGGUCGCCACACUCUGAGCAGGUCUGUCCCGAAAGACGAAAUCGAUAAGGGUCAGGGAGGGAACAGGCCGCAGUUCUACAACACUCUGGAUAGACACUGUAGCACCAAGGAAGAUCCAGUCAAGGUUAUCCCCCUGGCUAACUUCACCCCAUCAAGCCAGCAGGCUCCAAUCUCUGGGGGGACCACCACCUUUGUAAAUGAGCAUCAGCUUUAAGACCAAGCCUAGGAAGCUGUAACCCACAAACAUGCUCUCAAUGGUGGAUGUUCACUUGUAGCUUCUGCUUUACAUCCAUGCACAUGCCAGCUUGCAUUUGCGGUAUAGCAGUCUUGCUAAUAUCUAUGUAAAUAAAUCUGAGACACAUAUUUGCUUUAUUGGAAAAAAAGGAUCUGAGAUUAAGAAUACAAGUGCUUAAAACUCCGAAAUGGCCCUGUACAUAUUAAGGUACUUUUAUGCCAAAGUGGUACCUAAAUUAGGAUAAGGUUGUUUGGAUAUAGGGAUGCAAAUUAAAAACACUCAGAUGCUGCAAAAAACAUUUGGCACAUAAUUAAAUUAAAACAUUUCUGUAGUAAAAGGAGACUUUUUUGUGAAACUUGCAGUAGUUCAGUAAUGCUUAAACAUAUACAGGUUAGUUACUUAAGUAAUUGUAGCACUACUUGUUAGUGUGUCUAGACUAAACACAAGAAACAUACAAGGAAACCAUACCUUAACAGUAGGUUUCUCAGACCCAGAUUAGAACUAAUCUUAGAGUACCUUACCAAAUGGAGCAUUAGCUAAUCCAAGAUUAGCUAAAUUCUAAUCAGGGUCUGUGACACCAAUUUUAAGAGCGCUAAGUGUCCCUGUGACUGUCAUUUUCUCAAACCCUCAUUGAGAUGAAUCUUGAAAAUCUUGAGCCAUGUCAGAUACUGCAUAGAAUCCUAAAAUAGUCUUGUACCUCAAUUUAGUAGGUUGUAUUUAUUAGUACCAGCACCAAGUAGCCAAGUGAAUACAGAUAACCAAGUUUAUAUACAAGUAUGUUGACUGACCAGACAAAAAAAAAAAAAAGUUUGUCUGUUUUUGGAAGCCAUAACUAACCCCACGACAUUUGUUGAGAGAUAAACAUUUUCUCUCAGAGAACAUUUUGACUUCAGAUCAAUACAUUGACAAUUGAGGUAUUUCUUAAUAUCUUUCUUAUGCAAAUAUUAUGCUAGUCUUUACUUAUCCCAUUAACAUAAGAGCCCUAAUAACUCAGGAGCACUGAAGACCAAUUAUAAUUUUACAUUUUGCUCUUUUAUUAUUUCACAUUGUUUACAUAACGUAAUGUGCAUCAUGAUAUGUAUGGAACCAAUUAUAAAAGUAUCUCCUUUGCAUAAUUACAUAGAUCUGCAGACCAGUCAUAGCCCUGGAUGAUGGCAGUCUAACAUAUUAAUUGUCUUUCCUUUCAUUCUUUCUUUUACCUUGCAUGGUUUAUAGGAGUGUUGCACAAAAAUCUGUUGAACACUGUACACUAAUUGACAGAACAACAAUCUUCUGCACCAUUUUACAAAAACAAAACAAAGUGCAGUGGUCAGCAAAGAUAUCGAAUUGUGUUUCAAGACAAAUCCCACUCUGGAUUGUUCUACUUUUCUGAACAGCUUUGAAAUUGCACUGAAACAAACAAACCAAACUCAGUUUUUUUUUUUUUUUACCCCAGUGAACGAGUACCUCCCAAGGUGGCCUCCGUUUGGUAAGAUCAAAACAAAUUCUGGAAGGCACUGGGUUUGUUUGGAGCAUUUGAAAGUUUCAUUAGUGUCGUUUGUGAUCCAUUGUUUGGUCCUCCCAAGUAAGCUUCAGUUUCAUUGACAUCAACGUAAAUAAUGUACAUUUUGUUGAAAACUAGCUUUAAUUGACAAAAUACGUUUCUUACCCUUAUCAACCUUUGAGAACGUAAAGAUUAAAGAUUAUGCUCAGACAGGGAAGUUCUAGAUCUGUUUGCAAUGUGCUGCAAAUUCUCCCUAUAUUCAGGUAUUCUUAAGCUCUUUCUUGUGCUACACCAAAGUUCAGUGGUAAGCCAAAUCGUGUAUUCUUAAGUUUCUCAAUUGGUUAUUGAAAUGCUGCUUUCAGAGACAGUACUUACUAACUCAUUUUGUUAGUGAUAAUCCAUUUCAGUCUUUAAACACUCUGCACUUACCAGCUUCAUAAGAGCAAUUGGAUGGCCCGUAUGUGCCUGUACACUGCUUACGACCCCAAAGCUCUUCUAUUCUAAGUGAUUAAACAAAAUGAAUAACUGCAGCUGAAACUGCAAUUGACACAAAGUAAAUAAAUGUCAAAAUAUACUUCAAAUAUACCAAGUGUUAUUUUGCAUUUUUUUCUACUUACUGUAAAUGGUGACAAUAUUGAACAACCCUCUGUUGACCAAACCGUGCGCCCAAAGUCUCUGUCAGACAGUUUUCUUUUGCAUAUCAUCCUUUACUUUUCACAAUGCUUUGACAAUGUCAAUUAUCAGUCACCCUGUAUACAUACACAGGUGUGUCAAAAGUCAUUGCAUUCUGCUGGUUAAUAUAGGUGUUGUCUACAGAGUUGUGAAAUUGUGUUCAACAAUUAUACAUAUCUGCUGUAAAUAUGGCAAAAGAGCUCUGGUCCGUAAGCAUUUGGCUGAAAAAAUUAAUUAACUUUUGAUCGCUCUGUUUAUUUUCAUGGAGGAAGAAUGCAUUCUGUGAUAUCCCUGCUCAGUACACAAAUCUUAAAAUCAACAAGGAAAGCAUGCAGGUCAGUGAUCAAAAUUAUUACUUCAUUAUAAAUUAGUCAACCCAGCAGAGGAAGUAAGUGUGCCAUAAGAGUUUCUGUGUAGAUUGCCAUUAUAGGGCUGCACUGUUGCUCGUUGAACCAAAAGAAGACACUUGCAUCAGCUUCGAUUCCCUAACUAGCAUUAUAAUUUAUUAAUACAUUUAAUUAAAGAAUGUAAUAACUGUGCCGGCAUUCUUAGGGGAACCUGACAUUUGCACACCCAAUGCCAGACUGCAUUCUUGAAUAAGAGAUCAUUUUGUUCUGGAUAUAUCUCGCUUCACAUUGAUGGAAAAGUCACAUGGCAAUAUUCCAUGAAUGUUAAACUAGUUCAGUGACACUAUUAUUCUUCUACAUUACACGCUUGAGAAGUUCAAAGAACUAGAAGGGUACAUCAAUGUAUUUAAAUGCAAAGCCAAUACCCUCGAUCAUGGACUUACUUAGACACAACUCCUUAUAGCUAAGUAUGUCCAUUACUGCAUUCCUGUUGGUGUAUGUCAUUUGAAAUAUUCCCAACAGUGAUUUCUAGCUGCAGUUUUAUAUCUGUACCAAAAGAAAGGUGAGUGUUAUAGUGUAGGGUGGUAGUAUGUCUAGAUAAGUCUGCUGUCUUAAGGGGGCAUAUCACAUGUAGGUAUUGUCCCUUUAAUGUUCUUAACCCAGUUUUAAAUGAUAUAAAUGUAAUUUAACUCUCUGACCUUCAGCACAAUGAUUAAUGGCUUAGGGAGAACCAAGAAGAUAUAGGGCUGGAUAUAAGACUUGAUUCAUCCUCAGUUUGUUUAUAACACCAACACAAAUAGUGUUCUUGUUUCAAGGUCAAUAUUCAGAAGAGAGAGAAAAGUGCAGCUAUCUCUAUAAAAUAGGCCCACAUUUAAAAUUCAUAUUAAAAGUAGGUACUUUAUGAUUUCUUGCUUCUCAUUUAUGAGACUUUAAAUAGUAUUAAGUAUUAAGAUGGUGGCAAUAUUAAAGUGUGAUUGUUACAGUAAUUUGUAAAAUGAUCUUAGAAAUGUAUAUGAUAAAGUGAAAGGGCAAUAUAUUUGAAACUAUCAUAAUCAUAAAUCAUAAAUGAAAUCUCCUGGUUCCUAAUUGGUAGACGCAUCACCGUUGGAUAUGUACAGACAAAGCCAGACUGCUGAAAUUAUAGAGGAGGAAGAAUGGGGGGGGUUACAAUUAAUUGUAUAAUUUUUAUUUAAUGUUUUUACCCAGUGAUAGUAUGCACUACUGAGAAUGGCAUGAAAAAACACAUGAAAUGUGUUUAUUUGACCAACUGUGCUAACCAAAAAUUUAAAUACUGUAGCAUGUACUUCUUUGAUAUGAUUGCACAGGCAACAUAAAAUACCAUUAUUAUACCUUUAAGAAAAAGGUUUUAGUUUGGAAGCACCCACUACAAAACCAAUAAACAAGCAGGAAAGUAUACAUGUGUUAAAACAAACAAAACAACACACAUUUUGUGUUCAUUCCAGUAAUCUGUUCAAAGAACAUACAAGAACAGUAGUGGGUGGUUAAUGGGGAAAUUGACAGGCACAUUUCUUUAAGCAGGUGAUAAUUACCACCAGUGGUAGUCAUUAUUGCCCAGUUGGUGUUCUCCAGUUAGUCAAACUGCUCGUUAAAUGGUCUGGUUGUCACACUUAGUUGGUAUUUUAGUCAUGUUCCUGUCAAUAGACAGAAAAGUUCUCCCUAAAGAAACACAAGUAGGUGGCGCAAGCUGUGCUUCAAAGCUGCAUCUAAUUAAAAAUAAUAGAAGCUGGUAAUAAUGUUCAGCAGAUGCUAACUUUGGAUUUUCAUUUGGAGAAAGCAAAUGGCAGAGAAGCCUCUGGAUAAUGAUACUAGAAAAAUAUAUAUAUUUGGACUUGAAAGAAAAAGCUCUCGAAACAGCUCUUGAUCCAUUUGUUGACGUGGGGGGG